GUUUUUUGCACACUCUCGUCCCUAGCGGUAAAAGUGGAGGCGUUUCAAUUUGUUUCCUUGAGUAUCGGCAGUGAGCUACAUGGUUUUGGCGUCAUGUAUAGGCGGAUAAAAACUCGUUCCUCUGCUCAACUCAUUCGUAGUGUCCCAUUCUUUGUCGCUGAGAGAGUUCAUGCUAUCAGACGUUCAAGCAGUCAUCAAAGCCCUUCUGCCAGUCAUGCCUCGGCUUAUUCCAGCUUUUGUCGAUUGCCUCCUUCUUGCAUCAUUGAUGGCUGGGCUAAGACGAGUCGGGAACGUUGACUUUGCGACAGAAACGAUAUCCUCUCCAGCACUCCGCUGGAUCGUCCUUCAAUUCCUCUUCUUGGGUGAAGGUGCCCUAGACGUCUUCCUUACCCUCGUGCGACGAUAUCCAAAGUAUUUCCGUCCGCGAAUCAUGGGUUCACCUGCACCCAAAGGCGUUGACCUUCCUACGUCAAAUCAUGAAGAGAAUACAUGCAAGGAGGUUGUAAUGUACGGGCCUUCUCCUGAUGUGACUACUCAUUCCUAUCAUGUCCCAAGCCAUCCCACGUACCACCCGCCUUCUACGCAUGAUCACAGGACUGCACCAUCUGGCACGCAACCUCCACCAACCCCACACAAGUUUCCUGCCCAACAUCACAACCAUGGCUUAGAGAACUUGUCAGAUCACAGUGUCCUGAUCAUGUAGAGAAUAGAGGAUAGAAUAACGUCCAGAUUAUUGCAUAUAUGCACUAAUUGACAGAAUGACACCGAACAUCCAUAUUUACAAUAGAAUGCAUGUUGCAUACAUUUUAUCUUAGAGGGAAUGACGAC